UUCGUUUUCCCCCUUCUUCUUCAUCGCUCAUCUUCAAAGGUUUAGCGAUGUCUGGUGUUCAAUCCCAUCCGACUUCACUUGGACUCCACUGACACACUCCAACUCCCAGCUCCGGCGGCCUCACUCCGCCGCCUCACCGGAGACACACUCCUUCAUCUUCCCAUUUUUACUUCCCGGGUUAUGUGAAAUUCGCUCCUGCUUUGAACGAGGAGAAGUAGAAGUGUUGUUGUUGUUGGGGGGAAACUCAUGGAAGGGAGGAGGAUUUCGGCGAGUCCUCGACCUUGUUCUGGUCGGCGUAUUUUGGCUAAGAAGCGGCAGCGGGUUGAUGGGUUUGUUAAUAGUGUGAAGAAGCUGCAGAGACGGGAGAUUUGCUCGAAGCGAGAUCGUGCUUUUAGUAUGAGUAAUGCGCAAGAGAGAUUUCGCAACAUGCGUUUGAUGGAGGAAUACGAUACUCAUGAUCCAAAGGGGCAUUGUUCACCAGUUUUACCUUUUCUAAUGAAGAGGACCAAAGUAAUAGAAAUUGUUGCUGCACGUGAUAUUGUUUUUGCGCUCGCACAUUCUGGUGUUUGUGCAGCUUUUAGUAGAGAGACCAAUGAAAGGAUAUGCUUCUUGAAUGUCAGCCCUGAUGAGGUCAUUCGGAGUUUGUUUUACAAUAAGAACAAUGAUUCACUUAUCACAGUUUCAGUUUAUGCUUCUGAUAACUUCAGCUCUUUGAAAUGCAGAUCUACAAGGAUUGAAUAUAUUCGAAGGGGCAAGCCUGAUGCUGGUUUCGCACUUUUUGAGUCUGAAUCGUUGAAGUGGCCUGGAUUUGUCGAGUUUGAUGAUGUUAAUGGGAAGGUUCUAACCUACUCUGCACAGGAUAGCAUAUACAAGGUGUUUGACCUGAAAAACUAUACCAUGCUUUACUCCAUAUCAGAUAAACAUGUUCAAGAAAUCAAGAUCAGCCCUGGGAUCAUGCUAUUGAUUUUCAAUAGAGCUAGUAGCCACGUUCCUCUUAAGAUUCUAUCAAUAGAAGAUGGCACAGUUCUCAAAGCUUUCAACCAUCUGCUUCAUCGGAACAAGAAAGUGGACUUCAUAGAACAAUUUAAUGAAAAACUUCUUGUGAAGCAAGAAAAUGAGAAUCUUCAAAUACUUGAUGUUCGUAAUGCUGAAUUGAUGGAAGUUAGCAGAUCUGAAUUUAUGACACCAUCAGCUUUUAUCUUUCUAUAUGAAAACCAAUUGUUUCUGACAUUUCGAAACCGAACUGUGGCUGUCUGGAACUUUCGUGGGGAGCUUGUGACUUCAUUUGAGGAUCACCUGUUAUGGCAUCCAGACUGCAAUACCAAUAACAUUUACAUUACCAGUGAUCAAGAUCUCAUUAUAUCCUACUGCAAAGCUGAUGGGGAUGAUCAUUGGAUGGAAGGAAAUGCUGGUUCGAUCAAUAUCAGCAACAUCUUGACUGGAAAAUGUCUGGCGAAGAUUAAUGCAAGCAAUGGAAACCCCAAGGUUGAGGACUGCAGCUGCGCUGACAUUUCAAAAAAGCAAUGCAGUUCUUCACAGAUGAGAAACACAGUUGCAGAGGCUUUGGAAGAUAUCACUGCACUUUUCUAUGACGAAGAGCGUAACGAGAUAUACACGGGUAACAAGAACGGUCUGGUACAUGUGUGGUCUAACUGAAGAACUCAUUUUUUUUAUUUGUUUUCCUUUUUCUUUCUUUCUUUUUUUUUUUUCACUCCUGAAGUUUGUUUUAACAUUGAUCGAACUGAUGAUUUGAUGAUGAUGAUGAUGAUGAUGAUGAUGAAAGGUCGGUUUAUACUAAUGCCAGAUUCGAUGGUAGAAUAAUAGCUUGUGACAGUAGUUGAUAGGUGUGUUUGCAUUGUAACAUUAAUAGAUUUUAAUGUGUUAUGGACCCUAGUGUAAAAAUCUUCCUUGGCUUUACAAGCAUAGUCAACAAUUUAAGAUUUCUGUCA